UUAGAGUCGCCGCCACCGCCGCCGCCGGUUUUCCGCAGUCAUGAGCGUCGUGGAUCAUGUGCGGGAGAUGGCGGCCGCCGGGCUCCACUCCAACGUGCGGCUCCUCAGCGGGCUCCUGCUCACCAUGAGCGGCAACAACCCCGAGUUGUUCUCCGCCUCGCAGAAGUAUCAGCUGCUGGUCCAUCACGCCGAUUCCCUCUUCCAGGACAAGGAGUACCGGAACGCCGUCAGCAAGUACACCAUGGCCCUGCAGCAGAAGAAGGCCUUGAGCAAAACCUCCAAAGUCCGGCCGUCCACCGGAAGCGCAGCCCCUGCUCCCCAGAGCCAGAGUCUGCCUUCUGAAAUCGAAGUGAAAUACAAAAUGGCUGAGUGCUACACCAUGUUAAAGCAAGACAAAGACGCGAUUGCCGUCCUGGAUGGCAUCCCUUCGAGGCAGAGGACCCCCAAGAUUAACAUGAUGCUGGCAAGCCUGUACAAGAAGACGGGCCAGGAACGCUCCUCAGUGACCAGCUACAAGGAAGUUCUGAGGCAGUGCCCACUGGCUCUCGAUGCCAUUCUAGGCUUGUUGUCGCUCUCGGUGAAAGGCGCAGAAGUCGCUUCCCUGACCAUGAAUGUGAUCCAGAGCAUCCCAAAUCUGGAUUGGCUUUCGGUGUGGAUCAAAGCAUACGCGUUUGUGCACACAGGCGAUAACACCAGAGCAAUCAACACUAUCUGCUCCCUGGAGAAAAAGUCACUCCUAAGAGACAAUGUGGAUAUAUUGGGCAGUUUAGCAGACCUGUAUUUCAGAGCUGGUGACAACAAGAACGCUAUUCUAAAAUUUGAACAGGCACAGAUGUUGGAUCCCUAUUUAAUAAAAGGAAUGGACGUCUAUGGUUACUUAUUAGCUCGGGAAGGUCGCCUUGAGGAUGUAGAAAACCUUGGAUGCCGGCUCUUCAACAUCUCCGAUCAGCACGCAGAACCUUGGGUAGUAUCUGGCUGCCACAGCUUCUACAGCAAGCGCUACUCCCGGGCGUUGUACCUGGGUGCCAAAGCCAUCCAGCUGAACAGCAACAGCGUGCAGGCCCUGCUGCUGAAAGGCGCCGCUCUGCGGAACAUGGGCCGAGUGCAGGAGGCCAUCAUCCACUUCCGCGAAGCAAUACGGCUCGCGCCUUGCAGGCUGGACUGCUACGAAGGUCUCAUCGAAUGCUAUUUGGCCUCCAACGGCCUCCGCGAAGCCACCGUCAUGGCCAACAACGUGUACAAGACGCUGGGAGCCAACGCUCAGACGCUGACGCUCCUGGCCACAGUCUGCCUGGAGGACCCUGUGGCCCAGGAGAAAGCGAAGACCUUGCUGGACAAAGCCCUGACGCAGCGCCCCGACUACACCAAGGCCGUGGUCAAAAAGGCCGAGCUGCUCAGCCGAGAACAGAAGUACGACGACGGGAUUGCUCUGCUCCGCAGCGCCUUGACAAACCAGAGCGACUGCAUUCUGCAUCGGAUGCUGGGGGACUUUCUCGUGGCGGUCAACGAGUAUCAGGAAGCCAUGGACCAGUACAGCAUUGCGUUGAGUUUGGACCCAAAUGAUCAGAAGUCACUGGAAGGGAUGCAGAAAAUGGAAAAAGAGGAAAGUCCCACAGACGCUACCCAGGAAGAGGAUGUGGACGACAUGGAGGGGAGCGGCGAGGAAGGGGACCUCGAGGGCAGCGACAGCGAGGCAGCCCUGUGGGUUGAUCAGGAGCAGUGGUUUCGCGGGCAGUGAGGCCACCUUGGAGGAUCAUCCAGCACUUACUGCGCAAGGGACGGUGGGUGUCCCGGUCUUCCUCGGCAUGGACAGGACCAUGGAUUGAGGGGCCGGCUGAGGCCCUGAACCAUUAAAGAGAAGAAAAUUCUGUUUCCGCAUUGUGCUCAUAAUGCUAUUUAUUGACUGUGAAGGCUAAGCGACUUGGUUGGUGGGGGGUGGGAGCAGAGAGGCCGGUGUCAAACAUAAUGUCGAGUUCUUUCUAAAAUUAGACCCUAACCUAAACCUUUCCCGAACAUGCGCCAGUGCUGCAAAUCGUUGCAAACUAAUUAGGCUUCCAUCCCCAGCGGCGUUAAAGGUGGGCUGUUUUUCUUUCCUUUCACAAAAGAGGCCUUUGUUCAGGGUCUUUAGAGGCCCAAACACCUCCAGAAACAGGCAGGAGUCUUGUGCUGGGGGAGCCAAGCUUUUUCUAACCGUUUGCCCCCAACGUCUCCAGGGCUUUGAGCAGGAUGCUUAGCGGGCACAUUUUUGGAACAGGAGCGGGCUGCUUCAGGAUUCUAGCUGACAAGCAACUCUCAGAAGUAUAUAUGGAGAAAUCGGUCCUUUCUGUAAAGCUUAAUACAUGACUUUCCCUUUAAACCCUGCUGUGGAUAUUAGAUCAAGUGAAAUGGAGCAGCGCCAAGGAAAGGCUCUUACAUCUUACCUGAUAAUCCCAAUUAGCUGUGAUUAAGCUUCAUCCCUUCCCUGCAUAGAUUACCAUUAAAAACAUUUGCUCGGA